UUCUUCGACUUGUUUUAUGAAUUCGGGUUGAAGAGUUAGUUCACGUUGGUGUAUUGGUCCGAACGAACGAACGAUCGAACGAACGACCCAGAGGAACUGGGUAGUAUAGUACUCGCACUCAAACAAACCUCAACUGACGAGUAUGGAGAGAAAUUUCUCAACGCUGUCCCUUCACACUAGGCUUUCCAAGGAGGAAGAGGAUGGUUCCACCAGCGUGGUUCCUUCGAUAACGAAUGCAGCCACCUUCAAGACCAGUUCCGACUACAUCUUGGGCCAAGGUAAUGCCUAUUGUUAUGGGCGGUAUGGGAACACCACUCGUAACACUUUGGAGGCUACCAUCGCCAAAUUGGAAGGAGCCGCUCAAGCAUUUGCUUUCAGUUCUGGGAUGGCCGCUACGAGCGCUGUGGUCGAUGGCUUGCUGAAACAAGGCGACGAAGUUGUGGCCUCCAAACAGAUGUAUGGUGGGACCUACUCGUUGUUUACGGAAGACCUCCAUAAAUUUGGCGUGUGUCUGAAGUUGGUCGACAAGUCCGUCGUCGAUGACAUUGUCUCAGCUUUGACCUCGAAGACGCGGCUGGUUUGGUUGGAAGUAUGUUCCAACCCGUUGUUGAAGAUCCUGGACCUUGCCCUGAUGGUCAAGGCCAUUAAAGGGUACAAAUCUGACAUCAUCAUUUGUAUCGACAACACCUUUCUCUCCCCAUUCAUUGUGAAGCCCUUGUCGUUUGGCGUGGACAUGGUCAUGCAUUCAAUGUCGAAAUAUUACGGCGGUCACAGCGACAUUAUCAUGGGAUGUUUGGCUAUGAAUGAUCCAGCGCUGGGAAGCCAAAUCCUGCGUGCCCAACGGAUGCGUGGAGGUGUGCCUUCAGCCUUUGAUUGCUACCUGAUGAUCCGAUCCAUUUAUACUUUGGAGAUCCGGAUGAUGAAGCAUCACGAGAAUGCCCUGGCCGUGGCUAAUUUUUUGGCCGAUCAUCCCGGAGUUGCUGAGGUGGUGCACCCAUUGCUGGCCAACCAUCCUUCUCAUGACUUGGCCCAACAACAACAUGGCGGUCUCCAUUCGGGUAUGAUUGCCUUCACGAUCAAGGGGGGCAAACGCGAAGCCCUGGCCUUCUUCGACAACUUGAAGUUCAUCACGUAUGCCGUGAGUUUGGGUGGGGUGCACUCAUUGAUCAGUCAUCCCAUGAGCACCACCCAUAGUUUCUUGAAGCCCGAAGAUUGCUCGGCGGUGGGAAUCCAUGAGGGAACCGUGAGAUUCUCCGUGGGAAUCGAGAAUGUCGAAGACAUCAAAACCGAAUUGAAUCGUGCCCUUCGAACUGCCCUGAAGUUAGAGAUUUAAAAGAGCCCGAGUACAGUAGUACAUUUGGCUCCUUUCAAUACAAUACGUAGAUCAAACUGA